CUCAAUUCUCAUCCACAUUUUGCUUCGUCUUUUUCCUGAUAGAGGACGUUCCGGCGGACUCUCAUUCUGCUCGCGCGGCGCGCAUGACUUGACGGUCGCCGUGCAAGAGCACCGUCCAGAUUCAUGGAGACAAUGAAGGCCUUGCGAGGCAAAGUAAUAUGCUUGCUGGGUGGAUGGAUGUGGGGAAAGAGGGCCUUGAUAUGCGACGUUGACGCGGACUGUCGAUUGCGCAAUAUCGUAGGCAAAUGUGAACUGGAUGCGCCGGUGACUUCGGGCCUCGUUCGGCCAGGGAGAGUGCAAGAAGCGAGUCGUAGGCGAGAGCGACUGACAAACAAAGCUGGGGAGAAUAUUGAAUACACCCGCGAGGAAGACGGCUCGUUCGUAGGCGUCGAGCGAUCGCGAGUAGUACGAGGGGCGUCGAUGUCGUCCGGCCUCGAUAUGGCCGUGGCGAGAAAGGAGAAGUACGCCUCAAAGAUCAGUAUAUAGCGCGGAAAGCCUGCCCGGGGUAGACACUAGGCGUCUGAGCCCCUUCUCACGUAUACGGUGUGAGUAUGUGAAGCGGCGCAUAAGCGUGAGCUGCCUUGUGGACAGACGUAGCCGGCGUAGAAAUUGGCUAGUCCACGGCCACCGCGAGUCGACUUCGAUCGCAUGAGAAUGUUUUGCCUUCGACGACGACGAGGAAUCCUUCCAGGGUCUUCCUCACCCACCAGAUAUUCUUCGUUCGGCCAAAUAAUCAUCUUCGAGCUUCCAAACCAGUGCAGUACGACUCGUGAACGUGAGAGGAAGAGGCAAGAGUUGAGAGCCGAAUGCGGGCUCGGAGUCGAUGCAGGCAGCGGACGAAGAUGACGUAUUGUGUUUGC